AUGCGCAGAACACCUGCCAAUGCUCUCGUCAAUUCUGUCAAGAUGGCUACGACAAAGACUGCAAAGUCCAAGAUGACGGCCAAGGCCUCUGAUAUCGACGGUAUCUCAAAAUCGAAAACGCAAAUGCACCGCCGCUCAAGAUCUGGAUGCUACACCUGCCGACUGCGCCGGAAGAAAUGCGACGAGGUCGCGCCCUUCUGCUCGGCCUGCCAACAUCUCGGCCUCGAAUGCGAAUACAACCGGCCCAUCUGGUGGAGCAACAACGAUGCGCGCCGAAGGAACAAGGAGGACAUCAAGAUCAUCAUCAAGCGCAAGAAGCUGGCCGAGAAGUCGGCCGCCCAACAUCACGAUAUGCAUCAUCACACCUCGGUCAGCCCACCACCGCCCAGCCUCAGCCACUCAAUGCCCACCUCAGUCUCGGGCGCCUCCGACUUUUACGACCACCGGAACCGGUCCGCCUCGGUUGACUCUCGCGCCUCCAGUCAUGCCGGCAGCAACUUCAACUUCAACAGCCCGCCCAGCGGCGCCGACUUUGUCGCCUACAACUCACAAAUACACCCCGACUUUGUCUACGGCGCCGGCUACCACCAUCCCGGCGCCGGUGUCGCGCCAUAUGAGGUUGAUAUCAAGACGGAGCGGCAAAUGUUCGUCAACGACGUGCCCACCGUCCAUGAAUCUCACAUCUCGACCUUUUCCACUAUGCACACGCCGCCACCUCCCGGCACCGUCCUCCCCGCCGGCUCCUCCUUUCCUCUCCCCCCCGACGGCGGCACCUGGACGGAGCACGUCCACCAGGAGCGUCGCGAGUCGCUCGCCGAGGAGGCUCUUGACCUGCACUUCUUCGACUUCUCCCACGGCCCGCACCAGGAAUCGCGACAAGUCCGCCUCGAGCUCGAGGACAACGACGAGCGGCUGCUGGCGCACUUUAUCCAGUACGUUCUGCCGACCAUCUUUCCCAUCCUCGAGGCCAACCAGCACGGGUCCGUCGGCUCGGACCUGGUCCUACCCGCACUGCAGACCAACAACACUUACCUGCACUGCUGCCUGAGCGCGGCCGCCCAGCACGUCAAGACGCUGGACAUGGCCCUCGCCGAUGCUGAUCCAGCUGCUGCUGCCGCCGCCGCCGCUGCUGCCGCCGCUGCUUCUGCCGCUGCUGCCAAGAAGGAGAAGGGCCAAGGGAAGGAGGACGGCGACGACGAAGAGACGGAGGCGGACGGCGCCAUCAUGCGUCACCGCUACGCGACCAUCUGGUCGCUCUGCGAGGCGCUCAAGCGCGACCAGGAGCACCACAAGAUCCUCGAGGCCACGCUCGCCCUCAUCUUCUUCCAGUGCGUCGUGGGCCGGCCCGACGACGGGCUGCUCGACAUUCCCUGGCACCAGCACUUCCAUGCCGCCAUCAGCCUGGUGCAGAAGCUGGACCUGACGCGACUCGUCUCCGAAGCGCCGGGCCCCGGGGCUCCCCUGCAGCGCACGCCGUUCAACAUGACGCUGACGGCGUGGAUCGACAUCCUGGGCGCUUCCAUGCUCGGCGUGUCACCCACCUUCGCUCACACGUACCGCGAGAAGCACCUUUCAGCGACACCGCAGCUGGGCCUGCGCGAGCUGAUGGGCUGCGAGGACCGCGUCAUGUACCUCAUCUCCGAGGUGGCCUGCCUGGAGUCGCUCAAGACGGCCGGGAUGGACGAGCUGGUGUUGUGCCAGCACGUAUCCUCACUGGGCGAGCAGAUCAGCCUUACCGAGGUCGGUGCCGACCCGGUCCCGCGCAGCCCCUUCCACCCGUCCACCGGCGCUCUCUCGCCGAAGCAGCUGGCGCGCAACAUCACGUCGGCAUUCCGCAUCGCCGCACGCAUUUACCUGUGCAGCUUGGUGCCGGGCUUCCACCCGCUGACGGCGUCACCGGCCUCGCUGCUGGACAAGCUGGUCGGCGUGCUGCGCGUCGGCGUGCCCGCGGGGCCGGACGGCUUCGACCGCAGCCUCGUCUGGGUGUACCUGAUGGGCGGCUCGAUCAGCGCGCCGGGCGGCGAGUUCCGGCAGCUCUUUGAGGAGCGCAUCGCGAUGCUAGGCGACGCGGCCAAGUGCGGCGCGUUCGGUCGGAUGGUCUGCCUGAUGCGUGAGCUCUGGCGGCACAAUGAUCGGCUGCUGGUUGAGCAGGCCGGAGCGGCGCCGGCGGACGUCCCUCCUCCGUUCCUUCACUGGAGAGAGGUAAUGCAGAUGAACGGAUGGGACUAUUUGCUCAUCUGA